UCAUUACAUCCUUUCCCAUGGAGGCAUUUCCUAAUGGGGAAUUAUGUCUUAUACACGUGUACGAGAACAUCAUCUGGUGGAUGGAGCACGACCGGGCAUGGAGGAAAUCCGAACCGCUGGAUGUUUUUACUCAAUGUAUUCCCCUACCUCUUCUGGAUGACACCUUUCUCGAGAAGAUUCUGCCCUUGUUUGAAGAGGUGCUGGCCCGAGUCUGGGCAGAGAAGGAGACGUUGUUUGGCAAUGGUGACUGGCCACAACGUCUGGGUAUGACUGUGUCGUUCGUUGUCUUCGAUGUGGCGCACAAACACUCAGGGAAGAGACAAAUAUUGCCUUGUCUAUACAUGGCCUCUGGGAAAAUCUUCAAGCUGUGCAAAGCCCCCUACGGACCUGAGGGAGGUCGGCUGGUCCACUGCUGCGGGAAGCUGUACGGCCGUGUGUAUGAGGGUGAUGGGUGUAACUCACUCAAGUCACUGGAGUGCUAUGAAACCAAAGAUAAUUACUGGACAGCAGUUGUUGCCAUGGAGUUUCACAACACUGUGGAAUAUAGAAACCAAAUGUAUGUCCUCCAAGGUGAAUCUGUUUACUGUGGUAGCUUUCCAGCAAUCAUUCAUCCUUUGUCUUCUUCACACACAGUUGUACAGGUACAACGUGCAGUGAAAAAAAGCUAAUCUGCUCCAAGGCUGCAAACUGUUACGUAGUAUUAAGUAGUUAUGUAGUAAGCAUCUUAGUCUUAGGUGUAGAACUAUAUUCAGAGUAUCUUGCGCAUUCUGACGUAACUUAAA